AUGAUUAUUCCAGUUCGUUGUUUUACUUGUGGAAAAGUUAUUGGUAAUAAGUGGGAUGCAUAUUUAAGUCUUUUACAAAUUGAAUAUACUGAAGGUGAUGCUUUAGAUGCUUUAUGUUUAAAGAGAUAUUGUUGCAGACGUAUGCUUUUAACCCAUGUAGAUUUAAUCGAAAAAUUAUUAUCUCUAUCUCGUUAUAUAUUGCCUAUUAAAAUGCCAUCACCAAUUCUCAGAACUAAAAUCGUCAAAAAGAAGACCACCAAAUUUAACCGUUUCCAAUCUGACUUAUUCAAAAGAGUUGGUUCCUCAUGGAGAAAACCAAGAGGUAUUGAUAACAGAGUCAGAAGAAGAUUCUCAGGUUCACGUGCCAUGCCAUCAAUUGGUUUUGGUUCAGCCAAAGCUACCAGAGAUGUUUGCCCAGAUGGUUUCAAACGUUUUGUCAUCAGAAAUGUUCAAGAAUUAGAAGUCCUCUUAAUGCAAAACCGUAGAUACGCUGCUGUCAUCUUCCACGGUGUUUCAGCCAAAUCAAGAAAAGCCAUCGUUGAAAGAGCUGCUGAACUCAACAUUAAAGUCACUGCUCCAAACGCCAGAUUAAGAAGCGAAGAAAGAGAAUAAACUUUUUAAUUAUAAUAAUAAUAUAUU